AUGGUAGAAACGGUAGAAGCAGCGGUUGGUCACUAUAACAGCCACUUUCUGAACAACAACGACAUCAAAAGCAAUCACAGUAUUGAAGAAGAAACCGACCAAGGAAUGACACCGUUCUCUGCCUUUCGACAAGUAACAAAGAGUAACACUAAUGGAGAAAGUAGUCCUAUCGGGGGAAGUAGUGUAUUUAGCGGCAGUGGUGGCGGAAGUCGUGCUUACUCUUAUACGCGACAUGUCGUCGGACAAGUUGUUUCGCGCGAAACAGUCACAACUAUAUAUGGGGAUCCACCGCAAAAUUAUUGGCAUCCGCAUCAACGUCAACCAGGACAAACAUGUUAUGUUUGUCGUUGUACAAUUAGUGCUGCGGCGGCUCCAGAAACUUUGAUCCAUUGUUCCUCAAACAAUUGCAAUAUUUGGGCACACCAAGAUUGCAUGCUACGCUAUGGACUACUCCACGGCAUCAACAACCAUCAAACGUGGUUUUGCGUCAGAUGUAAAUCUAUCGAAGAUGUCCGUCGCCUACCACCAAUCGAACGAGUCUUCGAAGAACCAGUGUCUGCUACAACAACUCCACACAGGGCAGCAGCAGCUAGCAGUACUCCGUCUUCACAUUUGCAAGCAUUUAAAGGGUUUCCGCAUUCUUCAUUGCCGCCAAUCAUAACACCAACAACCCCACCAACUAAUUGUAGUGCGGGUAAUGAGAAACGUGUAAACCCUUUGCAUUUACUAUUGGCAGCUUCGGACCAGAUAGAAAGCACCGACCCUUUGCCUUCUAUUUCUUCCUUUCCAAGACACCAAGAAUAUAUUAAACAGCAGCAACAGCAAGCUUCAUAUUCAACUCCGAUCUAUUCACGAGAAAAUUAUCAUUCUUAUAAAUAUUCCGGAAUAAACAACAUACAAUUCUAUUCUCCUUUGCCUGCUGUCAGAUUCGAGAGAGAAUACUCGGCUUAUGAUCAAGAACGCAUUCUUAAAAUACGACAUCUAAAACGUUCAAGAUCACGUCAAUCACAAGUUCUUGGCGCAUUAAAUGAGUCACUAAACAAAUACUUACUAGAGCAAUCAAGAGUCGUCACGACCUACAACACCCUCCACGAAAAUAACCAACGACUUAAUACCGCGCUGAGAAAACUAAAAUCUGCUUUAGUCGCUCUGGCGAAAGAGAAACCGGUAUUACGCGUCUUACGGAAGAUAAGCAGGAAUGAUAAUCUCCAAGAAAAAGAUUUAGACGAAGAACGCGUAGUGAAUUUGUUUAUGCAGAUUGGACCUCAGUAUAAACUUGAAUACGAGGAUGGAACGAUUGCAUCUUCAGUCUCAUCUUCUGGCUCUGUGGAAAACUACCCUUCUUCUAUAUUAUGUUACAAAUGCGAAAGACAACUGGAUGACGAUUUCGUUACUUGCACAGAAUGUCGCCAACCUUUCCAUAUUCAUUGUUUUCGAACCUCAAAGAAAUCAUCAUCACCAAAUUUAGAAUCAUCAUUGACUGGCUCGAGCGUGUGUGCCAUUUGUUCGCCUACUCCCCUUUCCUCGUCGACGACCAAGCGUAAGAAUAUCGAACAGGAAACUCCCUCGACACCUGCACUACGCUCCGGCAAAAAACGUCAAAAAAUUACAAAAACGCGUCGUCAACAAACAAAAACAAAUGUCGUGUCCAAUGGUGAUGCUGAAGAAGAUAACCGCGUUUCAGAUCCUCAGAGUUCAAAUAACGUGCAGUUGACAAACGGACGGAAGAGUAACAAUAGCAAUAAUCAUAAUAUAAACUUGCUAUUAGAAUCCAAGAAAGAAGGUGCCGAAGAGAUUUCGCAUGAAAAUAGUAGCCCUAUCGCCGAAAGCCAGGACACAAGAAGAGACUACGAUAAUCUCUCGAUUAACGAAAGUUUCGACAACAAUGUGUCAUCACCUCUUCCAGCGACACCAUCAACAACCACCUCGACAUCAACAGAUUACGGCCCAGAUGCUACCCGACAGCCAGCAAGAUUCGAAGGUGACAUGUACACGCCUCGUUGGGUACGUGGAGUUGGCAAAUCAAAGGAAGGACUGUGCCCUCAUUGUAAUCCUCCUCGUUGGUUAAAGACAAAAAUUUCGGCUUAUUGGUAUCACCUGAACUACCAACAUGGAAUCUCAUCGAUAACGGGUCGACCAUUCGCUGCUCCGCUGCAAGAGCGUGAGAAUAAAAAAUCGGGUAUGAAAGAAGCGCUAUGCCAUAAUUGCAACAAAUGGAUAUUGAAUCAGUCGCCGAGGGAUAAAGAGGUUUUGGUACCAGAGAUUUACUGGUAA